AUGGGUCGCAAGGACAGGGAGCGAUUCCUCCGGAUAAAAGAGGGCAACCCGGACUACCAGGGAUUCCGGGGCGCCGCCUCGGUUGCGGCUCCCCCACCUCCGCCGGAGCCUGUAACCGAGUCAGUAACCUGCUCGGUGUGCAACCGGCGUCGCAACGUCAACGUGGAUAUUCUUCCCGAGGACCGCAGCACUUUUGUCUGCCUACGGUGCCAGGAAGAGGAACAGGCAGCGUAA